CAUAUGGAAACGGGGUUUGUAAAAUACAAUCAUAAUUUUCUACAAGAUAUAUAAUUAGGGGGUCCCCGCUCCUUCUGUCCUUCAGUUUGGGGGUUCUUCACCUAAAACGUGAAAGACCCCUGAUAGAUUACAUCAGCUUGGAAAAUGAGAUACAUCAAAAUGGCCCCUGCUUCCUUUUGAUUUUUUCAGUGUGCGGCCCUCAGUGGGAAAAGUUUGGACCCCCAUGGUGUGUAGUUUUACAGGAAGUAUAGUAGUAAUAGCGGGACAAGCUCGCACAGGAACUCCCGACAGGUCCUUAACUUGCCCUUUGUCUUAUCCAAAAUCCUUAAAUCAACUUUGUUUCCUAAUCCCCGCCACCCUCACUAUAUUUACAACUUCUUAAGGAAACUUGGAGAUCCACCAAUGAGAUCAAGUGGAUCAAUUACUGGCUGCCUGCUCCUCAUCUAGCGGGUCAGACGCCUUUGUGUCGUCGGUGUGGUGACCACGGGAGGAAUCCCUUCCAAAACAGGAAAGCCUGCCAUUCACGGGGAUAUCAGCGCUUUGAUGAGUCAGCAUGUGCCGUGAGAGUCCUUUUCCUGCCGCGUUUCCUCUUUGACUUUUUUCCUCUUUUUGUUCUGGGUCACGACUGCUUUCCUGCCUUUUUUUUUUCUUUCUUUUUUUUUAAACCGCAGGUGCAAUGGCGGCUGACGGCAGCCGCGAUCUGUCCAGAUGUCUGCAAAGUCGCCGCAGCACCAUCAACUGCCUGUCGAAGGGUGGCCGGGACAAAAAGAGCUUUCCCUUUUCUCAGCAGGACGCGGUGAAAGCGUGGAGCUCUCUGGAGAACCUGGACGGGCCCGAGUGCCCCGCAGGUGAGGAGAAACCCAAACCGCACGACGUCACGGUCAACAUUGGCGGGAAGGUUUUCCACAUCCCCAAAAAGUGUGCCAUGAACUACCCUCACACCCGUAUCGGCUCGCUGGCUGCCUGCGCAGACCGAAGCCGCCUCUUCGCCCUCUGCGACGACUACUCCGUCAAAAAGAACGAGUUCUUCUUUGACCGCGACCCCGCCUUUUUCCACCACAUCUGCCAUUUCUACGCCAGCGGCGAGCUGUGGGUCAUCCGGGAAAUGUGUCCGAUCCACUUCGAGGAGGAGAUGGCCUACUGGGGCCUGAGCCUGAAGGACGCCAAGCGCUGCUGCUGGAUGGUGUUUGAGGAAAAGGUGGACGAGAUGAGGGACAACCUGAAAGUGGAGAGGGAACUCAUGGCCGAGAUCGAGGUGAAGUACGACGACGAGCUAUUCGCCGACAUGGCGUUCGGGAGCGUACGGAGGACCUUGUGGAACAUCGUGGAGAACCCCUACUCGUCGACCCCGGCGAAGGCGUUCAGCGUCUUCUCUAACCUCUUUGUCCUCUUCUCCAUAGUGGCGAUGUCUCUCAACACCGUAGAGGAGCUUGAGAACUACCAAGUCUGCGGCAAAACCUACAUGGAGUGGGUGGAGAUCUUCACCAUUGUGUUCUUCGCGUGCGAGUACCUCAUCCGCCUCGCCACCACUCCCAACGUCAAACUGUUUUUGAAGAGCGGACUCAACUUUGUGGACAUGGUGGCCGUCAUGCCUUAUCUUGUCCAGAUCGUCCUGGAAGCCGCCGUGGGCAGCGAGGAAGGGAACGCGCAGGAGGACCUCAGGACGCUGGCCAGCGUCAGCAAGUUCAGCCACGUCCUGAAAGUAGUCAAACUGCUGAGGAUAUUCCGCGUCUUAAAACUGGCCCGCCACUCCACCGGCAUGAGGGCGUUCGGCUUCACCCUGCGCCAGUGCUACCAGCAGGCCUCUUGCAUAUUGCUCUUCAUCGCCAUGGGGAUCUUCACUUUCUCCGCUCUCCUGCAUUCCGCUGAGAGGGAGACCGAGGGCUCUCCCAUCAGCAGCAUUCCUUACGCCUGGUGGUGGGCUGCGGUCAGCAUUUCCACUGUGGGCUAUGGGGAUGUGGUUCCUGUGACCAUCCUGGGCCGCAUCGUAGCUUUUGGCUGCAUCUCGUUUGGAAUCAUCCUGAACGGAAUGCCCAUCUCCUUCCUCUUUAACAAGUUCUCCGAUUACUACGCCAAGCUGAAGACGCAGGAGUACAAGACUAUCUCGGUCCAACGCCGCCUGCAGCUCAAGAGGCGCCUCCGACACAGAAUGGACACGCGUUUUCGUCCCGCAGUGGAAGACGGCGGUCAUUCCCAAGCCUCCGCUGACAUUCCUCAUCCCACAGACAUAGCCGAGUCAUAAAAUACUUGAGAUUUUAACUAUCAGUGCCUGCACAUUUCCCCUGGAAACUGACGUAUUUUGCCCCUCUUUCCCGUUUAGUUCCCUGUAAUUUUCCCCGUGCAGUAGGGAAGGGAUUCAUACGGCCCUACUCCUGGAUGGACCUCGCGUGAGAUGAAGAGAGGGGGGUAAUCAUUUUGCAACGCAGUCUGCUGAAAAUGAUUGAAAGCGCCACUCUGCGUAGCAACUGACGCUAAGUUGGGAUUGCCACAAAACACAGUUUAAGAAAUUCCAAAGCCUACUGCCAUCUGGAGGCUAAAGUAGGUUGUGCACGCCCCAAAUUCAUCAAUCAAUCAAUCAAUCAAUCAAUGUUUAUUUAUAUAGCCCUAAAUCACAAGUGUCUCAAAGGGCUGCACAAGCCACAACGACAUCCUCGGUUCAGAUCCCACAUUAGGGCAAGGAAAAACUCAACCCAGUGGGAUGACAAUGAGAACCCUUGGAGAGGACCGCAGAUGUGGGUGACCCCCCGCCCCCUCAAGGGCGACCGGUGCAAUGGACAUCGAGUGGAUCUUGCAUAAUAUUGUAAAAGUCCAGUCCAUAGUGGAUCUAACACAAUAGUGAGAGUCCAGUCCAUAGUGGGUCUAACAUAAUAGUGAGAGUCCAGUACAUAGUGGAUCUAACAUAAUAUUGUGAAAGUCCAGUCCAUAGUGGAUCUAACAUAAUAGUGAGAGUUCAGUCCAUAGUGGAUCUAACAUAAUAGUGAGAGUUCAGUCCAUAGUGGAUCUAACAUAAUAUUGUGAAAGUCCAGUCCAUAGUGGAUCUAACAUAAUAGUGAGAGUUCAGUCCAUAGUGGAUCUAACAUAAUAGUGAGAGUUCAGUCCAUAGUGGAUCUAACAUAAUAUUGUGAAAGUCCAGUCCAUAGUGGAUCUAACAUAAUAGUGAGAGUUCAGUCCAUAGUGGAUCUAACAUAAUAGUGAGAGUUCAGUCCAUAGUGGAUCUAACAUAAUAGUGUGAGAGUCCAGUCCAUAGUGGAUCUAACAUAAUAGUGAAAGUCCAGUCCAUAGUGGAUCUAACAUAAAAGUGAGAGUCCAGAAAAAUUUAUAAUUUUUUAUUUUAUUUUUUUAAUAAAAAGUUUCUCGUGCACACGAGAAACAUUUUAUUAAAAAAGAAAAAUAAAUUAUAAUUUUGUAUUUAUUUUUUUUAUAAAAAAGUUUCUCGUGCAGACGAGAAACUUUCUGGUGCGCACGAGAUGUCUGAAAAAAAAUCAAAAUCAAAAGUCAAAAUUAUAAAAAAAAAAAAUGUUUCCCCCAUGUCCCUUUAGGGGCUCCGUAGAUAGAUUAGAAAUGCUUGUAUUAUUUUCUUAUUUUCUUGAAAUGUUACCUUGUUUUCAAAUACAUUACGGGCUUAAAGGGUUGUAAUUAUUCACCAAAUGUAUCCAAACUUCAAAGGAUAUGAAAAGUACCAAAGAAAAAUGGCAACUUUAUUGCUAUUUUUUGUUAUGCGAAACUAUUGGUAAAAAAAAAAAAAAGUCAUUAAAAGUCGUAAAACUUAAACGCCACAAUGUUUCUUACCAUGAAAGACAUGUGCGGAGAAGCAGCUUUUUACUGGGGAAAUUGUGUUUCCGGGGGCGCGUGCAUUGGGUUGACAAAACGUCCUCUAUGAUCUUUUCCAGCCUUUUCAAGUGCAGGCGGACAUACAAAACCCAAAACCAGUGAAGUUGGCACGUUGUGUAAAUCAUAAUUAAAAACAGAAUACAAUGAUUUGCUAAUCCUUUUCAACUUAUAUUGAAUAGAAUAACGUAAACUGCAAAGACAAGAUAUUUAAUGUUCGAACUGAGAAACUUUUUUUUUUUGCAAAUAAUCAUUAACUUAGAAUUUAAUGGCAGCCACACAUUGCAAAAAAAUUGGCACAGGGGCAUUUUUACCACUGUGUUACAUGGCCUUUCCUUUUAACAACACUCAGUAAACAUUUGGGAACUGAGGAUACCAAUUUUUGAAGCUUUUCAGGUGGAAUUCGUUCCCAUUCUUGCUUGAUGUACAGCUUAAGUUGUUCAACAGUCCGUUGUGGUAUUUUAGGCUUCAUAAUGCGCCACACAUUUUCAAUCGGUGACAGGUCUGGACUACAGGCAGGCCAGUCUAGUACCCGCACUCCUUUACUAUGAAGCCACACUGUUGUAACACAUGCAGAAUGUGGCUUGACAUUGUCUUGCUGAAAUAAGCAGGGGCGUCCAUGAAAAAGACGUUGCUUAGAUGGCAACAUAUGUUCCAAAUAAGUGUUUGAUGAGCGUUCCUCAACUUUCUCAGUCUUUUUUUGCUACUUGUGCCAGCUUUUUUGAAACAUGUUGCAGGCAUCAAAUUCCAAAUGAGCUAAUAUUUGCAAAAAUUAACAAAGUUUACCAGUUCGAACGUUAAGUAUCUUGUCUUUGCAGUCUAUUCAAUUGAAUAUAGGUUGAAAAGAAUUUGCAUAUCAUUGUAUUCUGUUUUUAUUUACGAUUAACACAACGUGCCAACUUCACUGGUUUAGGGUUUUCUACAUAAGACAACAGAAGUUGUUGUAUUUUCCUUAUUUUCUUGUAAUGUUCCCCUUUUUUUAAAUAAAUAAUUAUCUUUAAAUAUUGCGGCUUCACCACUUUGUGGACUUUUUUAAUAUAUUAUUUUAAAGUAUAUUCUUCAAUUUUUGGUAAUAAAUUAAGACUCUUCAAACACACACACAUGGCUAAAUAAAUUAACAUUAUCAAUACUACAGUGGUAUUGGCCACUAGGUGAGACCUAACCAAUCAGAGCGUUCCGUUCAGUAUCAUGGGCAGUGAUUGGCUCAGCCUCAGGCAGCAUUACUAUGUUGGAAUAAAAGAGUCUAAGGGUGACUGAAGGGUGUUAUUUCAUUUCUGGGGUUCUCUCAUAAUGUUGAAAUGUAUUUAAAAUGCAGUAAACUGUUUUUUUAUGCUCUAGCUAUGAAAACUGGAUUCAUAAUUAAUGAUUCCGAUUGUGCGGAUAUUCAUUCAUCACGGGCAUGUUCGGAACCGAUUAAAAGCGAUAAACAAAGGACGACUGUAGAAAAGUUGACUUGACCCUCCUAAAUUUGAACAGGACAUGGAAAAGACCAUAUUUCACCACAUUUAAAAAGAAAAAUGUUUGCAUUGAAAUGCUAAAUUUUGGUCAACAGCCAUACAGGUCACACUGAGGGUGACCGUAUAAACAACUUUAACACUGUUACAAAUAUGCGCCACACUGUGAACCCACACCAAACAAGAAUGACAAACACAUUUCGGGAGAACAUCCGCACCGUAACACAACAUAAACACAACAGAACAAAUACCCAGAUCCCCUUGCAGCACUAACUCUUCCGGGACGCUACAAUAUACACCCCCCGCUACCCCUACACCCCCCCAACUCAACCCCGCCCACCCCAACCCCGCCCACCUCAACCUCCUCAUGCUCUCUCAGGGAGAGCAUGUCCCAAAUUCCAAGCUGCUGUUUUGAGGCAUGUUAAAAAAAAUAAUGCACUUUGUGACUUCAAUAAUAAAUAUGGCAGUGCCAUGUCGGCAUUUUUUUCCAUAACUUGAGUUGAUUUAUUUUGUAAAACCUUGUUACAUUGUUUAAUGCAUCCAGCGGGGCAUCACAACAAAAUUAGGCAUAAUGUGUUAAUUCCACGACUGUAUAUAUCGGUAUCGGUUUAUAUCGGAAUCGGUAAUUAAGAGUUGGACAAUAUCGGAUAUCGGAAAAAAGGCCAUUAUCGGACAUCUCUAGUUAUUUACUCGCUUGCAUGAUUUUAAUUUCCUUAAAACAGACGCCAAUAUUUAGACACAAAUGCAAUUUUAUAGUGACAAUGUCCUUCCAGGACCAUUUAAAAAAUAUAUAUCUUACUUGAAUGCACAUGCUCAAAAUUUGGUAACUGUUUCAUCAACAACACGGACCAAUCCCUGGUGAUUAAUCACAUAAGUUAAUAACUAAUAACAAUCGUAAAUGAUUAUCUUAACCUGUAACACUGCUUCACAAUGCAUCAUUGUCAGACCUUUGAAAACAUGUCACUUUUACUGGUACUUUUGCUCAACACACAUUUUAUCAGCCAGUAAAACUAUCAGGGUCUUAUAGUCCAGUAGACAAUACCAGGAAGUUGCCAGAUUGAUUCUAAGAGUGGUGUCAUGAUGUUGCACAAGUUCCGCACUCAGUUUCCGCUUACCCGCAAUGACUCAGCCUGUGCCUUCCACUUUAAGCGCACAUGUUUCACUUCCUGUGAAUGGCCCGUAAGUCAUUUUAUGGCUUAAACGUAUUUGCUCGUCAUGACACAACCUAGUAACCUCUCUCAUUGGUGUGUUCCAGGGUGUGAGGGUACACAUCUGCUAUCUGUGAAUGUUCGGGACAGUCGAUCUUGCACUGGUUACAUUCGCAGCGGUUACAUUACGAGACCACCGGUGUUAGAAUUAGAAAUCAUGCACCCCCUUGAAUCCAAGGGAUAGGAAAAUGUCAUUGCAAUACUUUUGUAUUUAGACAUUUAAUAUUCUUGUUUCACACUAUUGAACGAUCCAUAGGGCUGCAACGAUUAAUCGAUUUCGUCGAUUAGAAAAAAGCUUAGAUUUUUAUUCUGUUGCUUCGAUAAAUAAAUGAGUGUAAAUGAUAAAAACUGAUAAAAUCCGGGCUGCAUGGAGAGCCUGAAACUAUAAAAAUACACAGAUGAUAGUUUCCGCAGGGCCCUGCAAUCGUGUGUGUGAGUGCCAUGAUCUUUGAUUUUUUUUUUUUUUAAUUAUUAUUAAUGCACACAUGUUAAAAGUGCAAUUUCAAUGUUGAUGACAUGCAUUUAUUUAGGAAAAAAAAGAAUGAAAGUUAUGGCGAGCAGAAAAAUCUCUGUUUUUUGUUUACAAUUUUCCCUAAAAUGCGCAAAAAGGUUAUGAAGUGUGUUUUAUCCGAUGACUCAAUUUAUCGAACAAACUCUUGAUGGGUUUUACUAUUACUAAAAUAAUCAAUAGCUGCAGCCGUAAUAAUAAUGUGUUAACUCGAUACAUUUGACAACCCUAAAAAAAAAAAACAGCCUAUUUUUUUAAAAAAUUGUAAAUUUGCAGGAAUCCACUAUAUCGUAUACUUUUUGUGACAUUUUCUGGUUCGAAGUUGUGGUGGGAGAUUUUUCUAAUGUAAACAUUUGUAUGGUGGCUCAAUAAAGAUUGCACUACA